AUGCGAGCCCUUUUUUUCACUUCCGCCCUCCUUCUGGCUCUUGCCUUCGUCGAGGCCAAGAAGCAGACGAUCACUGUGAAGGGGACCACGAUCUGCAACAAGAAGAGAAUCCAAGCGGAAGUCACUCUUUGGGAAAAAGACACUCGUGAGUUUGAAACUGCCUUCUGCCCUUAAGUCUACAAGUUCUCUAAGAAUGUCUCGAUUUCAGUUGACCCCGAUGACAAGCUCGCCUCAGUGACGUCUUCGAAAGAAGGAGAGUUCUCGCUGGUCGGAUCCGACGACGAGAUCACCUCAAUCGCCCCUUACCUCAUCAUCACUCACAACUGUAACGUGAAGAAGGCCGGCUGUAAGCGCAUCUCCGAGUUCGUGAUCCCGAAGGACAAGAUCGGAGGAACGUACGACAUGACCUACGUGACUUUGGACAUUCUGUCGGCCAAGGACAAGGAGAAGUGCUAG